GUCAAACAAAAAAAAAAGUCAACAAGCAAACAGUGAAAAAUCCGACAAAGAGAAUCGUGUCACAUUUUUUGGAAGGGGAUCACCAAAAAUAAUAAAAGAGUACAACCAAAUGCCAGACUCGGUCUCCUCCAGCAGCUCAGACUCGGGCAGCGAGUCGGGCUGGAUCGACGCCGAGAACGAAGUCGAAGAUGCGCCUACCAUCAUCUCGCUGCUCGACGACCAGACUUUUAGCGAUGCCUUGUCCAUGGUGAACUACUGCAAGGAGAAGGGCUUUGACUUUUUGGCGACGCGCGACCGGCUGGGACUGGACUUUUACGGGUGCAUUAAGCUCAUCAACUUUGUCCGCCAAAAAGUCCACGAGGGCGCAGAACUUCCCAAGGAAAUCUCAAAAGAGGACCUCGAGGACGACAAGUACCUCAAACCAGUUCUGGACGACGAUGCAUUCAUCAUAUGCCUAGACGACCUUCCCGAGUCGUCAUCACCCACCGCCGCCGACAAGGCAGCAGCCCCAGCGGGAGACGCAGAGGAUCUGAGGACAAAGAACUCGGAGCUGCAGGCCGAGCUGGACAAGUUGGCGCGCCAGUUUGCCGACUACAGGCUCGCAGUGCAGCAGACGCUCGACCAGCGCUGGGGCGAGGACGAUGCUCCUGCUACUGGUGCUGCUGCCGCCGGUGGUGCUUCGUCGUCGUCUGGUGGUGCUGCUUCUGGGGCCAAGUCGGCGGAUGGUACUGUUGAGAAGCCAAAGGAUGAUUCAAAGUAUUACUGGGAGUCGUAUGCACACAACGAGAUCCACGAGAUCAUGCUCAAAGACACGGUCCGCACCGAAGCGUACCGCGACUUCAUCUACAACAACAAGCACCUCUUCAAGGACAAGGUCGUGCUUGAUAUUGGCUGCGGCACUGGAAUCCUGAGCAUGUUCUGCGCGCGGGCGGGCGCAAAGCUCGUCGUGGCCGUCGACAACUCGGACAUUAUCGACAAGGCACGCGAGAACAUCUUCAACAACGGCCUCGGCUCCACCAUCACCUGCCUCAAGGGCAAGGUCGAAGAGGUCGUCCUCCCCGUGCCACAGGUCGACAUCAUCGUCAGCGAGUGGAUGGGCUACUGCCUGCUGUACGAAGCCAUGCUCCCCAGCGUGCUGUGGGCGCGGGACCGCUACCUCAAGCCCGACACGGGUCUCGUCGUGCCCAGCCACGCCAGCAUGUGGGUAGCCCCCUUUGCCGACCAGGAGUGGGUAGACGACCACGUCACCUUUUGGCGCGACGUCUACGGCUUCGACAUGCGCGCCAUGCAGGAGGGCAUCUGCCUCGACAGCCACAUCGAGGUCGUGCCGUCGUCGUCUGUCGCAGGCGAACCCUCCAUGUUCCGCAUGCUGGACCUGCACACGUGCACGACGGCCGACUUGGUCUUUGACGUGCCCUACCGCUCCACCGCCACCCGUGACGCCGACCGCCUCGACGGCUUCCUGGUCUGGUUCGACAUCUUCUUCGCCACGGACAGAGAUCCCAAGGCCGUAGAGCCCGCAAACGUGACGGCGGCGUCGUGGUCCGAGGACGGCAAGCGCGAAGACCGCGUCGCGUUCACCACAGGUCCGUUUGGCAAGCCCACGCACUGGAAGCAGGGCAUCCUCCCCAUCAAGCAGGAGGCGCCGGUGGUGAAGCUCGUCAAGGGCCAGCCGGUCGAAGGGAACCUAGCCCUGACGAUACCAAAGGACAACCCGCGCGGGUUGAUGCUCAAGGUUACGUGGAAUGGGGACGACGGCAAGGUUCAGGAGCAGUCGUGGGAGUGCUGAGUUUUGUUUGAUGGAGAAGACGGGAUAUCCUGUGGUCAACAUAGAGCAGACAGUGGCCAGGUGUUGUUGAAACCAAAAUAAAAGAGA